AUGGUGCUUCGCAAGCUGCGUUUCCUGAGUAAUAGGAACAUGGAAGAGAUAGAACUAGCAGGGCCACAGGUGCAGGCACAGCAAGAUCAUGGGGCGCAGGGCGUUGAAAUGCAGCAUGUUCAUAAACUGCGAACAGGCGGUCAUCGGGAAACGGAGAUCACCACAGCAGCACACGCAGACGCAGACGCGGCUUCUCCAACAGCCGGUAGCAUUCCCCCUCCCAGCAGCUCCAGCUGCAGAGAUGGCGACAGCAUUACAAAUGGCGUUGUUAGCGGCCUCAGCAGCGGCAGUGGCGGCAUGUUCGACUCCAGGGACACCAAGACAAUAAAUCGCUGCAUGGCAGCCCACCGGCGUUUGGAGGAGGAUCAAAAGCGGUGCUUGCGGCUGUCUGUGGCGGCGGGUAUGAAAUUGGAGCUUGACAGCCAGGCAGCUAAGAAGCGGCCUUGGUGA